UAUUCCGAAAUGAGCACAGAUGUGGAAGCGGCGCGACGAAAAUAUGAGGACCGCCGGCGAAAAAUUCAAGAGGAAGAAAUGAAAGAACGCAGAGACGGCAUGAAUUUAUCUUCUGGAGAUGAUGAUCAAGACGUGGAUGAUAUGUUUCUGACUGCAUUACAGAGAAAACGAGAAAAAGUACAUCGUCGAGCCCUACUGAAGCAAGUACUGGCUCCGACAAUGAAUCAAAAAGAAGAAAUUGAAAGAAAACGAAAGAAAAAGGAAGAGGAUAAGCAAAGUGAAGAAGCGAGAAAAACACUUUUGGAGAAACAUGCUGAGAUUAUGGAGACACAAGGAGUUAUUGACGAAUCAGAACGGCAAUUAAUGGAAGAAGAAGAGUUACUUGAUAAAGUUACACGUGGUGGAGGUCUCUUGGCAGUUGCUGAACUUACAAAAGGUGAAAAAUAUGAAGAACCAAUUGUCACUGCUUGGCGUCCACCUGGACACAUCCGUCGUCAAUCACAAGAAGACUAUGAAAUUCAACGAAAACGUCUUGGAAUCAGUUGUGAAGGUGAUCAUAUUCCACCGCCAAUCGGCAGCUUCUUGGAAAUGAAAUUUCCAAAAUCAUUGCUCGAAUUCAUGCAAAAACAAAAAGGAAUUGUGACACCGACAGCUAUUCAGAUACAAGGAAUUCCCGUCGCACUUUCUGGUCGUGACAUGAUUGGUAUUGCUUCUACUGGUUCUGGAAAAACAAUGACGUUUGUUUUACCGUUAGUUAUGUUCUGUUUGGAGCAAGAGAUGAAACUUCCAUUUAUGCGUAGUGAAGGACCAUUUGGAUUGAUUAUUGUUCCAUCGAGAGAAUUGGCUCGUCAAAUCUUUGACCUGAUCAUUGAAAUGUUUGAUGCUCUUGGAAAAGCUGGACUUCCAGAAAUGAGAGCUGGAUUAUGUAUUGGAGGAGUCCCAAUUGGCGAACAAGCUAAAGACGUUAGAGAUGGUAUUCAUAUUGUUGUUGCGACACCAGGACGACUAUCUGAUAUGCUUACCAAGAAAAUUAUAAAUUUAGAAGUUUGCCGUUACUUAGUUCUAGAUGAAGCUGAUCGAAUGCUUGAUAUGGGAUUUGAAGAUGAAAUUAAAUCAAUUUUCUAUUUCUUCAAAGCUCAACGGCAAACUCUCCUUUUCUCGGCUACGAUGCCACGAAAGAUUCAAUUUUUCGCAAAAUCAGCACUGGUCAAACCUAUUGUCGUAAAUGUUGGACGUGCGGGUGCUGCUUCAUUGAACGUACUCCAGGAGCUUGAGUUUGUUCGAUCAGAAAACAAAUUGGUUCGUGUACUUGAAUGCCUUCAAAAGACUUCUCCCAAAGUUUUGAUUUUUGCCGAAAAGAAAGUUGACGUUGACAAUAUCUACGAGUACUUGCUUGUAAAAGGAGUUGAAGUUGCUUCAAUUCACGGAGGAAAAGAUCAAAGUGACCGUCAUGCUGGAAUUGAGGCAUUCCGAAAAAAUGAGAAAGAUGUACUUGUGGCAACAGAUGUUGCAUCAAAAGGACUCGAUUUCCAAGGAAUUGAACAUGUUAUCAAUUUUGACAUGCCUGAAGAUAUUGAGAACUAUGUUCAUCGAAUUGGUCGUACCGGACGUUCCGGACGGAAAGGUCUCGCAACGACAUUUAUCAACAAAAAAUCGGAGAUGUCAGUGCUUUCCGACUUGAAACAAUUACUCGCAGAAGCAGGGCAGGAACUUCCAGAAUUUCUCAAAAUGUUGGCUGGUGACGAGGAGGGAACUGCUCCAGCUGGCACAAAUGCGGAAAAGGGAUGCGCAUACUGCUCCGGUCUGGGUCAUCGCAUCACAGAUUGUCCAAAACUCGCUGGAAUCGGAAACAAAACGACGCAAGCAUUGGCAAGAGGUGGAGGCGACGAUGGUGGUUUCUGAUUAUUUUAUUCAUACAUUGUAUCUCAAUCUAUUUAUUUACUGUUUUCUUGUUUACAUUUAUAAAAAUAUUUGUCAG